AUGACACGCAGGGCUGUGUUUUUUGCCCUCCUAUGCGUCGGAGUGAUUGCCCUGGGGGGGCAUAUCCAGAAAACCACAAAAGGAAACCUUUUAUUUGGUUGCGCAGCGGCAGCCCUCACACCCGGGCUCGAAGGAGGUAGCGCAGAAGAAAAUAUCUGCAAGACAGAUGAGCAUGGCCAGACGACAUGCACAUGCGGCAGCACGCAGUCACCUUCGAACAAGGUAAAGCUUCUUGAGCAGGAAGAAAUCCCGGAGGAACACCCUGUGUCGGCCAAGGUCGAGUUUGCCGGGGAAACAAACACGCUGAAGCUCGUCUGCGACAGCAACGGAGUCGUGGUGCCAACGUCGUUACCUCAGAGCAAGGUAUGUCCCGGAAAUGUGCCCUUCUCUAAAUGCAAGGAUGAUGCCGGGCAGAAUGUUGCUGUAAGCAUUCAGGAUUUUCUUGACGGAGAAAGCAGCAAAAAAAUCUCUUGGAAGACCAACGGGAGCGCCGCUACUUAUACGCUGACCAUUCCCCAGUCUGCAGCCCCGCUCUCCGACAAGGCCUUCUGGGUCGGCUGCUCCCCCACAAAGCAGCAAAAACAGACCAUCAACAGAGCGGCGUGUCAAGUGUCCGUGGCACUGAAGGCAAAGGAAUCGACAACAAUCGACGGCAAUGUGGUUCGGUGUGCGUACGGAGCCACCAGCAACGAGAAAGGCCCGCAGAAAGUGACCUUGUCCCCCAAGGCAAACAGCCUGACUCUCGUCUGCGGCUCAGAGGGGGCGAUUCAGCCGACGACGUACAAUGAACACUUUUGCAGCGGCGAUUUAGGCGACGAGUGCUCCGGUGAUUACAAGACCGUGCUUCCGGAUUUUCAGAAAGGUUGGUGGACGGAGACAGCCAACGACUUCGACAAAACCCAGUACAAGUUGGUGAUUCCUGAGGAUAAAUUCCCCGAGAAAGAACAAAAAAUCUCACUGGGCUGCAAGUAUAUGGCUGCUGCAGCGGGAUCGAUGCCUGAACGUGAUGCGACGCAGUUGACCGGCUCGACUUCCUGCGUGGUCGACGUAAUGAUUGCGGCAGCAGAUUCGUCCUCCUCCGCCGCUGCCCGCACCUGGCUUACGCUGCUGAAUCUCUCUGGCCUUACCGCGUUCUCCGUCGGUGCCUUUUUUGGCGCACACUAG